AUGCAAGAUGCUCUACUUGCCUCUAUUGCCACAUUCCAUACGAAGAAGAUUAUUCUUUCUGAUCUGAUCAAGUUUCCUCAUUAUGGAAUGAUUCCUGAAACCAUGAAGCUUCCUCCUAUCGGACUGAAAGUUCUGUCUCCAGAACAGCAAGCAGCUUUGGAUGCACUUGAAAAACCUACCAACAGGGGAAAGAGGGUUUCAAAGAAAGAGGAUCCUGAGGAACAUGAGCAAAGUGAGGAAGAAGAGGUUCUUCAUGUCUCACCCCGAGAGCCUACUCCUCCACGAUCUCCUACUCCACCAGAAUCUCCAAAACACAACAGAGUUCCAACUCCAAUCCAAUCACCGAAACAGACUGUUCCACUUUCUGUUCCCAUUGUUACUACACCCCUUACCACUCCAGCAACAACUUUGCCAAGCUCACCACCAAUUACUACUGUUCCUAUUUCUACUGUAUCCAUAUCCUCUCCACUUAUAACCGAAUCCACAACCACUACCAUUCCUAAAUCCACCGUAGAAGUCAAUGUAUCUGAUACAGGGGCUACUACUGCGACUACAACUCCAAUCGAUACCAAACUUCCUUCACCAACCCAAUCCAAUGAUUCUGGUGCUACUCUUGGAGGAGACGAUGAGGAAUUUGACUCAAUCUACUACAGUCCUUAUCGACUUCAAUCCGAUGAUGAGACUGAUGCUCCUGUUUCAUGUAAACAAAUACAGGGCAUUCAUGAGAAGUUGGAUCGUUUGCUUGCCGACAGCAAAGCCUAUGGUGGUGUUGUUCUUAAAGCAUUUCUGGAGACAACCAUUGAGCAGUAUACUCAGGCAAUUGACAAUUCUACGAAGGCAGUUAAUGAGUCUACCUCUACCUCUCACUAUCAAUCCUCCGUGGACUCCUUUUCUAAGUCCCUUCACGAUGAAACUACUAAGUUUGAGGCUGUCUGCUCUGAGCUUAAAACAGAAACCACCUCUUUUUUACACUCAGUGGAUUCUCGUUUUGAUGCUCUGGCUGCUAAUUUGGCAACAGAGGGUGCCUUGAAGGAGGAUUUGGCUAAAAAGCAAGCCACAAUUGAUGUUCAAAAGGUGCAGCUGGCCCAGGCAGAGAAAGAAAUUUCUUUGUUGAAAGUUCAAAGGGCUACAGAAGAUGAAGAACCGAAAGUCUCAACAGAACCGAAGGUUAAUUUAGCUUCGGGUUCUAGUUCUCAAUCAAAGCAUAAAGGUGUUAAUGAUGAAAGUGAGAGUGAUGUUGAAGAAACUAUAGCUGACGCUCUUAUACGAAAGAAAAGAAACAUAGAGCUUGAUGAAACAAUGAAAGUGGUUAAUGAAGCAGAGGAACAGGAAAAGAGAACCAAGGAAGAAAAGGAUGUCUUACAAUGCAAGAAGGCUUUGUUUCCUGAGUGGAACAGAGAUACUCUUAUCAAUCAAGCUAUUGAUUUUCCUUCUGUUUAUUUGUUGGAACCAGUUGCUUUGUUUGAUUGUGAUAACUCUAAAGACUCGUAG